GGCCAAAGCAAAAAUGGAUUAAGGUCAGCGAGACAUGUGGGGAAUGUAUGCCCCUUACCUGGAAUUCAAGUGGCGCAAAAAGGGGCAGAAGCUGUCUCUAGACGACAUUUUUGCUCCGGUUCUCCCAAAUGACCCUCUCGCUAUGCGGCCCGGGGCGCGGAUCCACCAGUUUGUUGACAAGGCUGCAUGGGCACAGAACCGGGACGGAGACCACCAGCCCACACCAACACCUGGCCCAACCCACACUACCACACCCAGCGCCAUCUCAAACCCCAACAUUGGCUUUGCUUUCGGCGGAGUUGACGACGGCGGCGGUGGAGUUGAAACCAUGGUGGACAGCGGCGGUGGAGUUGAAAUCAUGGCGGACAGCGGCGGUGGCAGUGGAGUUGAAAUCAUGGCGGACAGCGGCGGUGGCGGUGGAGUUGAAAUCAUGGCAGACAGCGGCGGUGGAGUUGAAAUCAUGGCAGACAGCGGCAGUGGAGUCGAAACCAUGGCAGACAGUGGCGGCGGUGGUGGCAGCGGCGGCGGUGGAGUUGAGGGAGUUGACAAGGACCAGGCGCGACAGAUGAUGAAGACUACCUAUGAUGAAAAGCGGCUGCUAGAUUUCGUUGCGCAAAUGGCAGAGACCAUCAACACACUCCGCACCCAGACAGAUGACUUGGCAGCUCAGCUCUCUUCGGCAGCUCAGCUCUCUUUGGCAGAGCCCAACAUCGAACCAGUUGAACCCGUCGAACCCGUCGCAGCCGCCACUACUGAAUCUCCUACGCACGGGCGCGUCAACAAUGAAGAGCUAAACCCCGACCCCUCUGCAAUGAAUAUAGACGUUGACGGUUGGUGGAACCGGCCGCCGGCAAUGUGGAAAGGCGAGCCGUGGCCAAAGGUGGAUGAAAAGCAAAAAUAUGCCGGGUCGUCGAUCAUCGAACCCGCUAUCAUUCGGCGGAUUGUCAAAACCGAUUGCUGGCUGAACGAUCAAGCUGUCAACAGGUGGUGCGCGUUGUUACAAGCCAGGUCAUCACGGCGCCCAACCAUUUAUCCGCCACUGCUAGCCGUUGGAUCCACUUGGCUCCAAAGUGUCAAAAUGGCACGGACAUCCAAUGUCCCUAUUCGGCUUGUUCCGCGGUCGAUCAACGUUGCAGAGUACAACAUACUGCUAUUCCCAUCAAACCCAGAUAAUCUGCACUGGGUCCUGUUCCCAAUACUUGUCGCGGUGCCGGCGCCCAAGUCCGCAAAACCCCUGGGCCCCCCUGGUUCGCCAUUAACCAGACACGAAAACGUAUUCCUCGUUUUAUUUGACUCAAAGCCUCGCCCGAAUGAUGACGACUACGUUGAUAAGAUGGCCAAUAUCGGCUCCCUCUUGUGGGAUUGGUACAUUACGGCCACUGAAGCCCCGCUCAAUCACACACCGACACCGACGGUUGAUGCCCUCUUCACGCCUCGACAGACCGAUGACCAGAACUGCGGUACAUUUGUGUGCAUGAUGGCUGAUGCCAUUGCCCGUGGUGCGGUGGGUGAGGCCUCGGAAUCAUGGGCCGAUACGCAGACCGCCGUCAAUGCCCGCCAUAAUAUCGCUCUGAGCAUCGUUUUGGCGACGUUUCUUAAUGAUGGGGAUGCUCAUCAGUAUAUGAAUGUGACGAAGUGCUAG